CAGUGCCAUCAUUCGUCAUUCAACAACUUCCUGCUUUAUUCUCCAUUCGUCAAUUGUCUCUCCUCAGUCUUGGAUCAAACCUCCAAUAAAAGUCGAGCCAGAAAAUUCUUCGAAAGCUGAAAAUGGUGGAACCGAUAAACGUCGUAGUAACUGGAGCUGCGGGUCAAAUAGCCUACUCGCUGCUGUACCAAUUAGCAGCGGGAUCAGUAUUUGGCCCAGAUCAGCCAAUAAAUUUACGUCUGCUGGACAUAAAGCCGAUGAUGGACGUUCUGCAGGGCGUCGUAAUGGAACUUGAAGACCUGGCACUUCCUUUAUUGCGAGAUGUCCUGCCGACCGCUGAUGCUGGGGCAGCAUUCAAAGAUGCCGCGGCAGCAUUCCUGGUCGGGGCGAUGCCACGUAAACAGGGAAUGGAACGCAAGGACCUUCUGGCAGCGAAUGUCAAAAUAUUCAAAGACCAGGGCGAAGCUUUGGACAAGUUCGCGCGCAAGGAUAUCAAGGUCCUGGUGGUUGGCAACCCGGCAAACACAAAUGCUUUGAUCUGUUCCCACUACGCUCCGAGUAUUCCCAAGGAAAACUUCACUGCUAUGACCAGAUUGGACCAGAAUCGCGCUCAGGCAGCUCUGGCUUCACGUCUUGGUGUCCAGGUCGACAAGAUCAAGAACGUCAUCAUCUGGGGCAACCACAGCUCGACUCAGUACCCGGAUGCUGCGCAUGCUGUUGCUGAGUUGCCAGGAAAGGGGUCAGUGAGUGUCAGCUCUGCGGUCAAUGACAGCGGCUGGCUCAAUGGGGAAUUCUUGGAGACGAUCCAGAAACGCGGGGCCGCAGUGAUCGCCGCGCGCAAAAUGUCAUCAGCGAUGUCUGCUGCCAAAGCCGCCGGGGACCACAUGAGGGACUGGUGGUUCGGAACGAAACCCGGGCAAUGGGUUUCCAUGGGCGUCGUCUCUGACGGCAGCUAUGGAAUCCCCAAGGACAUCGUCUUCUCAUUCCCGGUUACUGUCAAGGACAAAAAGUUUGAAAUCGUUCAGGGAUUGGAGAUCAGCGAGUUUGCGAGGUCUAAAUUGGGCAUCACUUCCAAGGAGCUGGAGGAAGAACGAGCUGAAGCCCACCAGGUUCUUAUGCCAUGACUAUUUGAUGACAAGUCGAACAAAUCACCAGUGUGUGUUACAUGUAGAUUGUAAUCUGUUGUUAUCCUCAAUUUGUUUUAAUUUAUUUAUGAUAAAUUGAAAUAUUACCCAGUGAUGUAUAAUUAUCAUAUUUUUUAAACAUAUCAGAGGCCAAAUUUAUGUUAUUUACUUUCGUUUUAUUAUUAAACACUAAUCUUAUUUUUUUCUCUACGGGUCAAAGAUUCCAAAUCUACAGAAUGAUAUGAUUUAUUUUUUCAUUUUAUUGUUUAAAUAAAAAUGUAUAAACAAUAAAUAUAUAUUGGAAUGAAUAAAUAGUUUAAAUGAA